GCUUGAUUGAAGUACCUCACCAAUUCUCUGGGGCUGUCCAUGCAAGAUAUCUUGUGAUUCCCCAGCCAGUCUCUCGGGGUGUGCAGCAGAAGUGCUGAAGGGGUUCAGCUUCUGUGGAGAGGUCUCGGCAGAUCUGUCGUGGCAGGAAGAAGUGCCGCCGGCUUUAAACCCCAAGUGCAGGAGCGAGACCUGGACCCGGAGGGAUGGGACCGGCGCCUGCGGGAACGCAGCUUCGUGGAGCUGCUGGGGAACCCGAGGUGAUGGAGCCAUCUCUGGAAGGCACAGGCAAGGAGGAGAAGAAGAAAUCCUCAAAGAAGCAUACAAUGGCUGGAUCUCCAAUGGAGGGCCUUCUGCAGCCAGUGAAGCUCAGCCGGGCAGAACUAUACAAGGAUCCUACCAGUGAGGAGCUGAAUCACCUUCGGGAGACCGAAAGCCUAUUCCAUUCUAGCUUGCUUCGUUUACAGGUAGAGGAGCUACUGAAGGAAGUGAAGCUGUCAGAGAAGAAGAAGGAGCGGAUUGAUGCUUUUCUACGGGAGAUCAACCAGCGGAUCAUGAGGGUGCCCUCAACCCCUGAGACAGAGCUGGUUGACCAGUCAUGGCUCCCGGUUGGGGUUCAAGUCCCUCUCCACCAAGUGCCCUAUACCGUGAAGGGCUGUUUCCGAUUCCUGCCCCCAGCCCAGGUCACUAUUGUGGGCAGCUACCUUCUGGGCACCUGCAUCCGGCCGGACAUCAAUGUGGACGUAGCACUGACCAUGCCCAGGGAGAUCCUACAAGACAAGGAUGGGCUGAACCAGCGCUACUUCCGCAAGCGUGCUCUCUACCUGGCGCACUUGGCUCACCACUUGGCCCAAGACCCCCUCUUUGGCAGUGUUCGCUUCUCCUACACCAAUGGCUGCCACCUGAAACCCUCACUGCUGCUGCGGCCACAUGGAAAGAAUGAGCGCCUGGUUACUGUACGUCUGCAUCCAUGCCCUCCACCUGACUUCUUCCGCCCGUGCCGCCUGCUGCCAUCCAAAAACAAUGUGCGAUCUGCCUGGUACCGAGGGCAGAGUCCUCCAGGGGAUGGUAGUGCAGAGCCCCCCACCCCUCACUAUAAUACGUGGGUCCUGCAAGACACAGCCCUCGAGUCCCAUGUGCAGCUGCUGUCAACCGUGCUAGGCUCAGCCUUGGGGCUGAAGGAUGGUGUUGCACUUCUGAAGGUCUGGCUACGGCAGCGGGAACUGGAUAAGGGCCUGGGAGGAUUUAGCGGGUUCCUUGUCUCCAUGCUGGUUGCCUUUCUUGUGUCCACACGCAAGAUCCACACCACUAUGAGCGGCUACCAGGUUCUGCGAAGCGUCCUGCAGUUUCUGGCCACAACAGAUCUGACAAGCAACGGGAUCAGUUUAUGUCUCAGCUCAGAUCCCUCCUUGCCGGCCCUGGCUGAUUUCCACCGGGCCUUUCCUGUUGUCUUCCUGGAUAUCUCAGGCCGUCUCAACCUCUGUGCUGAUGUCACUGCCUCCACUUACCACCAGGUGCAACACGAGGCGCGGCUGUCUAUGGUAUUGCUGGACAGCAAAGCUGACGACGGAUUCCAGCUGCUGUUGAUGACUCCCAAACCCAUGAUCCGGGCUUUUGACCACGUUCUGCAUCUCUGCCCCCUGAGUCGUCUACAAGCAGCAUGUCACCGGCUGAAGUUAUGGCCAGAGCUGCAGGACCAUGGUGGGGACUAUGUAUCAGCUGCUUUGGGCCCACUAACCACCCUUCUGGAACAGGGUCUGGGGUCCCGGCUGCACCUGCUCGCCCACUCUCGGCCCCCAAUCUCAGAGUGGGGUAUCGGCCAGGAUCCACCGAAGCACAGAGACUCGGGGACCCUGACGCUGGGAUUGCUCCUUCGGCCUGAGGGACUGACCAGUGUCCUCGAGCUGGGUCCAGAGGCUGACCAGCCUGAGGCUGCUGACUUCCGCCAGUUCUGGGGAUCUCGCUCCGAGCUUCGGCGUUUCCAGGAUGGGGCCAUUCGGGAAGCUGUGGUCUGGGAGGCAGUCUCAAUGUCCCAGAAGCGCCUUAUUCCCUACCAGGUGGUCACCCACCUCUUGGCACUCCAUGCUGACAUCCCAGAUACCUGUAUCCACUAUAUGGGGGGCCUCCUGGAUGCACUGAUCCAAGGCCUAAAAGAGAACUCCAGCACGGGUGAGGAGGCCCUGGCAGCUGCGGUGCGUUGCUACGAUGACCUCAGCCGCUUGCUGUGGGGGCUGGAAGGUCUCCCGUUGACUGUGUCUGCUGUGCAGGGAGCUCACCCAGUGCUGCGCUACACUGAGGUGUUCCCACCAACUCCAGUCCGGCCAGCCUACUCCUUCCAUGAGCACCUACGAGAGCGGGCCUCGCUGUUGCCCCGGCCCGACAAGCCCUGUCCGGCCUACGUGGAGCCCAUGACAGUGGUAUGUCACCUGGAGGGCAGUGGUCAGUGGCCACAGGAUGCUGACGCCAUACGACGGGUCCGAGCUGCCUUCCAGCUGCGCCUGGCAGAGCUGCUGAUGCAACAGCAUGGGCUGCAGUGCCGGGCCACGGCCACGCACACUGACGUCCUCAAGGAUGGGUUUGUGUUCCGGAUUCGUGUGGCCUACCAGCGGGAGCCCCAGGUCCUGAAGGAGACGCACAGCCCUGAGGGGAUGAUCUCACUGAGGGACACGCCCGCCUCCCUCCGCCUUGAGAGGGACACAAGGCAGUUGCCCCUGCUCACCAGCGCCUUGCAUGGACUCCAACAGCAGCACCCAGCCUUCUCGGGUGUGGCUCGGCUGGCCAAGCGGUGGGUGCGUGCCCAGCUUUUGGGUGAGGGGUUCACCGAUGAGAGCCUGGACCUGGUGGCUGCUGCCCUUUUUCUACAUCCUGAGCCCUUCACGCCUCCCAGCUCCCCCCAGGUGGGCUUCCUUCGGUUCCUUUUCCUGGUCUCAACCUUUGAUUGGAAGAACAACCCCCUCAUUGUGAACCUCAACAGUGAGCUCACUGUGGAGGAGCAGGUGGAGAUCCGCAGGGGCUUCCUGGCAGCUCGGACACAACUCCCUGUCAUGGUCAUCAUUACCCCCCAGGAUCGCAAAAGCUCUAUAUGGACACAGGAUGGACCCUCGCCCCAGAUCCUCCAGCAGCUCGUGGUCCUGGCAGCUAAGGCCUUACCUGUGCUAGAAAAGCAGCUAAUGGAUCCCCGGGAGCCUGGGGACAUCAGGACAGUGUUCCGGCCCCCUUUGGACAUGUACGACGUGCUGAUCCGCUUGUCUCCCCGCCACAUUCCCCGGCACCGCCAGGCUGUGGACUCGCCGGCCGCCUCCUUCUGCCGCGGCCUGCUCAGUGAGCCGGGGCCCUCGUCCCUGAUGCCCGUGCUGGGCUAUGACCCUCCUCAGCUCUAUGUGGCACAGCUCAGGGAGGCCUUUGGGGACCUGGCCCUUUUUUUCUAUGACCAGCACGGCGGAGAGGUGAUCGGUGUCCUCUGGAAGCCCACAAGCUUCCAGCCCCAGCCCUUCAAGGCCUCCAGCACAAAAGGGCGCAUGAUGGUGUCUCAGGGUGGGGAGCUGGUGAUGGUGCCCAAUGUAGAAGCGAUCCUGGAGGACUUUGCCAUCCUGGGCGAAGGGCUGGUACAGGCUGUGGAGGCCCGAAGUGAGAGGUGGACUGUGUGAUCUCCAGUCCCAGGAGCAAACUGCAGUUGGACAGCAGGACUUCAGACCCAUGGAGCAAGAUGUUAGUGGUGAGCCCAGCAUCAUUGCAUAUGGACCUCCAUGGAGAGCCUGCUGGCUGAACAUACGGAAUCUUCCUCAGUCAAAGUCCUGCCCCAGUUUUCUGUCUGAUGCUCCAGCACUGGGGCAGGGACCACGAUGUCCUACGGAGUCCCCUGGACCUACCUGACCGAAGUCCCAGAAGAUGACUGCGAGCCAGCUCAGAGAGGGAACUGAAUGACCGCAGAAGUUCCAUCUACCUGUCAGCCAUGGCCUGGGACUAUUUUUUUUCUUCCUCGGCUGCUCCAAGAAGCCUGGAGAGGAGGGCAUGUGCCUAGAGCUGGGGCUCUGCCCCCUCCCAUUGCCAGAAUGUGUGCCUGGACCUCAGCAUGCCCUUCAGUGCCUUGUCAGCCUUGAAAUGCAGCCCAGAGAAGAUGCGGCACUUCUGAGGGCCACCAAGUACCAGCAGUGAUGAGUGGCCAGGGGUUUAUGUGUGAUUAAUAGAUCACAUUAAAGGGGCACAAUGCCCUCCUGUGUUGGUUCUGCCGCUUCGUAGGGUGGGGUCAUGGAAAACCCGCACAGAGAAUAGGAAGGGGCUGGGUGGGUGAAGCGGCGAAGGGGAGAUGGUCCCCCAGUGUAGGGGAGCUGCAGAAGCACACUGAGUGCUGCCCUGGCCUCGCAGUGUCGCAGCCCCUGCAGCUCUGCACCCUCCCAAUCAUGUCGUGAACUGCCCCCACUGUGCUGCAGUGGCCGUGCAGACGUGAGCGACCACGUCCUGCUCCAGGGGCUCCGGUGCCUGAGUGAGGGGGCUGCUGCCUGAUCCAUACCUGCGGCCUCUCCUCCAUCUCCCGUGAUCCUGGCUGUUUUUCCAGACUCAGCUCAAAUGGUGCCUCCUCCUUAAAGCCUUCCCUCGCGCCUAGCCUAAGGGGCUCUUUCCUUCCUCUGAAAAAUUAGAGCUGUUACUGUCUGUUCAGUUCACUCUGCAGUCAUGUACAGCACUAUGAACUCUUCUGUUGCCUUAGACUCUGAUUUAAAAUUGGAUUACUUAAUUUC